UUUCUUUCCCCCGUCGCCGAAGCGAAGAUGUCUUAUAAAUUCAGUGACAAGUCUAUUGUCAUCGACGGUCGCGGUCAUCUUUUAGGCCGCCUGGCUUCGAUCGUGGCUAAACAAAUCCUUUCUGGAACUAAAGUCGUCAUUGUUCGAUGUGAAGAUUUGCAACUUUCAGGCCAUUUCUUCAGAAACAAAAUUAAGUUCUUGGCUCAUUUGCGCAAACGUUGCAAUGUCAACCCAGCUCGUGGUCCAUUCCACUUCCGUGCUCCCAGCAGAAUGUUCUGGAAAGCUGUUCGUGGUAUGAUUCCAUACAAGACACGUCGCGGUAAGAUUGCUCUCAACCGCUUAAAGGUCUUCGAAGGAAUUCCCCCACCAUACGAUAAACAAAAGCGUGUGUGUGUACCGCUUGCGAUGAAAAUCUUGUGCUUACGUCCUGAUCGCAAAUAUUGCCAAGUUGGACGUGUAGCUCAUGAAGUUGGUUGGCACUACAAAGAUGUCGUCAGUAGUUUGGAAGCUAAGAGAAAGAUUAAAGCUCGUCUCCAUUACAACCACAAACGACGCCUUGAGAAAAUUCGAGUAAAAGCAGCACAAAAGUGUGCUAAAGGAACUGUUAAGCAAGAUGCUGUCCUGAAAAAAUAUGGUUUCUUAACAUCAGAGAACGCAAUUAAGCCCGUUGCAGCCGUAAAAGCAUAAGUUGUAAAAAUAAUGUAUACAACAUUAAGUGAUUCAAUAAACAACUGGAAUUACAUGAUUAAAAUAUAUCUCAGAAAAUUUUAUUUAUUGUUUUCCAUGAAUUUCAGAAACUGGCAAUAAUUAGAU